CAACCAAAAUCCUCUCUCUUUCUCUGCGACACACCCCAUGUCUCCGCCCCCUUUGGGACAAAGAAUGAGCCAGAGAAUGAGCGAGGAAAAGAAAUUCAUAUAAAUUCUAGAGAGAGAAAGUGUAUAUAAAUAUAUAUAUAUAUAGAGAGAGAGAGAGAGAGAGAUUUCUAGAUUUUGAGGUCCGUAGAGAUAUAUUAUGGGAAGCAGCUUUGUCUCUCUACCAGCGAAGCGUUCCCUAUAUUCAAUAUUGUAUAGCUCAGAAGAAACCCGAAUGUCCGACCCGAACCCGUACAUCGAGAACGGGUCCUCCAACUCCUACUCCAAGCGCCCCAAGCAGCCAUCGACUCCGCCUCUCAACGUACCUCCCGGCCAUGUGGCGUUCCGGCUGCUCUGCCACGCGUCGCGCAUAGGCGGUGUGAUCGGAAAGGCCGGGAGCGUGAUCAAGCAACUGCAGCAGACCACCGGGGCUAAGAUCCGGAUCGAGGAUGCCCUACCCGAUUCGCCAGACCGGGUCGUCGUGGUCGUUGCGCAGAGCGCUUUGGCGGCUAGGGUUUCCUUGAGGAGCCCAAUAGGGAAUGUCAAUGGCGGCGGCGGAGAUAAUGAUGGAGACGGGGGAGAUAUGGAGGUUUCGAAGGCGCAGGAGGCGCUAUUAAGGGUUUUCGAUAGGAUUCUGGAGGUUGCGGCGGAGAGCGGGGCCGUCGGAAUCGGAAUUGGGGUUGGGGUGGUAUCGUGCCGGUUGCUGGCUGAGGCCCAACAGGUUGGUUCGGUGAUUGGGAAGGGAGGGAAGGUGGUGGAGAAGAUUAGGAAGGACAGUGGCUGCAAAAUUAGGGUUUUGACGGACAAGUUGCCGGCUUGCGCUGCCUCCACGGACGAGAUGAUCGAGAUAGAAGGAGAUGUUUUGGCUGUUAAGAAGGCACUUGUUGCUGUCUCUCGCUGUCUACAAGAUUCCGCACCAGUUGAUAAGACGAGAAUGGUUGGUAGCAGACCUCUUGAGGCAGUCUCCCGUGAGACUUUACCUGAUUUGCAUGUAGAACAACUUUCACAAAAGAAUUCACUGCUACCCACUUUUCCAAGCAGCUCCAUCCCUAUGCCGAGCAGCUCCAUUAGUUACAUAUCAGGGGUUCGUCCAUUGUCAUUAGAGUCUGAGAGAGUUUCCACACUUGAUGCAAAAAAUCAACAGCAGGAAGUUGUUUUUAAGAUUCUUUGUCCGAAUGAUAGGGUUGGGGGUGUAAUUGGAAAGGGGGGCGCAAUUGUUAGGGCUCUUCAGAAUGAGACUGGAGCUAUCAUAAGUGUUGGAGCAACUUCGGCAGAGUCUGAGGAACGAUUAAUUACUAUUACUGCAUCAGAGAGCCCUGAAUCACGGUACUCCCCUGCACAAAAAGCUGCGGUUCUUGUCUAUUCUAGGUCUGUAGAGGCAGGCAUAGAAAAGGGUCAAGAAUCUGGUUCAAAUAGAGGAUUAUCUGUUACUGCACGUGUUGUAGUCCCAUCAAACCAAGUUGGAUGUUUGUUGGGAAAAGGAGGUGCAAUAAUUUCGGAGAUGAGGAAGGCAACGGGUGCUAGCAUAAGAAUAAUAGGGGGUGACCAGGCAUCGAAAUGUAUCUCAGAGAAUGAGGAUGUGGUACAGAUUUCAGGAGAUUUUUCAAGUGUGCAAGACGCUGUGUACAAUGUUACUGGUAGGUUGCGAGAUAACCUUUUCUCUAGCACACAAAACAGCACUGGAACAAUGAACUCUUCAUCUUUACUACCUACAAGUCCCUAUGGAAGAAUGAGGGAUUCAGCCCCUCUUGGAAUUCAGACAUCUCCACCAGUUGGUGUUACUCAUGGUGUUCGUCGACAUACUCCUCUGACUCAAGGCAUGGAUCAUCUUGGACUUUCCCACACUUAUGAUCGUCCUCCGUCACCACCAAGAUCAUGGACACCACAGGCAGCAUCACAGAUGAUAAGCGGAGUAAGUACAAGGGGCAUCACUGAUUCUAGCAGGGGAUUAAUGGGCAUCACUGAUUCUAGCAGGGGAUUAACUAAUCUAAGAGGUGGCUUAGAACUUGGCAGUGGAAGCAAGUCAGCCAUUGUAACAAAUACAACUGUAGAGAUUAUAGUCCCUGAAAAUGUUAUUGGCUCUGUAUACGGAGAGAAUGGUAACAAUUUGGCUCGACUAAGACAGAUUUCAGGUGCCAAGGUUAUUGUGCACGAACCUCGUCCUGGAUCAAGUGACAGGAUUGUUGUCAUUUCUGGGACACCUGAUGAAACCCAGGCUGCACAAAGCCUUCUCCAUGCAUUCAUUCUUACUGGACCAUCAUGACAAAUCACAUAUUGAUGGGUGACUCCUGCUUCACUUUUUUUAUUGGUUAUAAUUUCUCAAAAAACUGUACACUAGAUUAGGAAAAUUGAGGCCUUUAAUCAAGCAAUUCAGCUCUAAUUGCCUGCCCAAAAUGUGCUAUGUUGAUGUCAGAUACAAUGUUCCCUGAUUCAUUAACUAUUUUUCAGAAAUAGGAGAAAAGUUUAGAAGACAGCUUCCUACCAUUUUCAAAUGUGUCUUAGAACUUUUGGUUCUCUGCCCAUUUCUGCCUUCCUGGUCAGUGAAGGGUUUCUCCAGUUAGAGGAAGAUGUAGAAGUUUCAGGUAGGGCUUAACAAAUUGGGCAAACUUAGGCUGCUAAUCAUGUUGACAAUUCUCCCUCUUAAGAGGAAGGGUAUAUUUUGAUGAAACUUUGAAGAAAGAGCCUUCUCUUUUUGGAUGCUGGAUGUAUUUCCCUUUUCAAGGUAUGUCAAUAACCCCAGAAUUAUAUUCUGAGAGCAUUUAUUAUGGUAUAUUAUCUCCUUGAUCUUUCUUUGAAGAAGCGGAAUUGUGUUUUAUUAAGCCAUUACAUGUUAAACUAAUUGUUAUAUUUCCUAAUAGUUGAGGUCUAUUUGUGUUU